AUGUACGGCAAGCAUAUGUUGGACUUUUUACGGAGCUGCCUAACUUCUCCAGUGGUCUGGGAGAUGGCUCUGCUGUUAAAGCACUUGUUGUACAAGCUCGAGGACACAUUAGAAUCCUCAGCAUCAGUAGAAGCCCAGUGUAGUGGUGAUGUCUGUAACCCCAGCUCUGAGGAGGCAUCCAGUGUAGCCGUUUACAUCCCGCAGGAGGCUUUCAGCUCUUUCUCUGUGUUUGCUCAGGGACCUACCUUUCUCAGCUUACUCAGCCUUAUUCCUGAUGCGUUUGAUGACUACAGCGGCGACUUCACUUUUUCCCCAGAAGACUACAUGAAUUUCACCCUCAAACCCGUUUUCUGUAAGAAAAACAAUGUCAGGCAGUUUGCGAGCCAUUUCCUUCCACCUCUGUACUGGCUUGUGUUCAUCGUGGGCACCCUGGGAAACAGCCUGGUUAUCCUGGUCUACUGGUAUUGCACAAGAGUGAAGACCAUGACUGACAUGUUCCUUUUGAAUUUAGCAAUUGCUGAUCUGCUCUUUCUUGCCACUCUUCCCUUUUGGGCUAUUGCUGCUGCUAGCCAGUGGACAUUCCAUUCCUUCCUGUGCAAGGUUGUGAACAGUAUGUACAAGAUGAACUUCUACAGCUGUGUGCUGCUCAUCAUGUGUAUCAGUGUGGACAGAUACAUUGCCAUUGUACAGGCUAUGAAGGCUCAGAUCUGGAGGCAGAAAAGGCUGCUGUACAGCAAGAUGGUUUGCAUUAUCAUCUGGGUGAUGGCAGCUGUGCUCUGUACCCCAGAAAUCCUGUACAGCCAGAUCAGUGGGGAAUCUGACAUGGCCAUCUGUACCAUGGUCUACCCUAAGGAUAAGAAUGCCAAGCUGAAAUCAGCUGUCUUGAUCCUGAAGGUCACCUUGGGGUUUUUCCUCCCAUUCAUGGUCAUGGCCUUCUGCUACACCAUCAUCAUUCAUACCCUGGUGCAGGCCAAGAAGUCCUCCAAGCAUAAAGCCCUAAAGGUGACCAUCACUGUCCUUACUGUCUUCAUUAUGUCUCAGUUCCCCUACAACUGCAUUCUUAUAGUGCAGGCUGUUGAUGCCUACACCAUGUUUAUCUCCAACUGUGCUAUUUCCACCAAUAUUGACAUCUGCUUCCAGGUCACUCAGACCAUUGCAUUCUUCCACAGUUGCCUGAAUCCAGUUCUCUAUGUUUUUGUGGGUGAGAGAUUCCGCAGGGAUCUCAUGAAGACCCUGAAGAAUUUGGGAUGCAUUAGCCAGGCCCAGUGGGUUUCAUUCACAAGGAGAGAAGGUAGCUUGAAGCUUUCUUCCAUGUUACUGGAGACAACUUCAGGGGCCCUCUCCCACUGAAAGAAGUUCUCACUGAGGCAGAUGAUUCUUUUGGAAAUAAUGAGAUCUAUAGACACAAUAUAGUCUCCCCGCUGAUAAGACUAAAGAGAAAGCAAACAAAAAGGAAAUGAGAAAAAGCAAAACAAAAUAAACAAACUAGGAUGAGCCUAAACAGCUUUGUCAUGAUAGUCAGGAUAUGCCAAAGUUUUCAAAACUGACCACACCAGAAGGACACCAGCUGGUUUUUGGUUGCAGUAACUGCAAUUCUGAGGAGGAUACUUGAGCAGCGGUGGGGACGCCCCAGCCAUGCACAUGCUAACCAUCAGUGCAGGUGGGUUCUGGAGGCGUUGAGUCUCUUCAGUGUCCACGUUUCUGCUACUUCAGAUCUGAGGCUACUAUUCUCCAGAGGUGACAGAGCACUGGCCGCUUAGUGACAUUUCCCACCUUGGGACUUUUUCUCUUUAGUCCCACUAAUGGGAAGACUUCGUACAUCUCAUUACUUAUAGAUUUUUAAAUCUAGUAUACACCCAAACAAUCUGAGAUUGAAUGCCCUUUUGAUAUCCUUGGUCUCAUCUGGGCCAAGGACAACCAUUUUCCUUUGGAGCCAUUUGUAAGAAGGGUUGGUCAGCCCAUGUACAGCACAUCAACUGGAGUCUGUUGCUCCCAGCCCACUUCUGUGUCUGGCUGGAGAUGCCAUGCCCAAACCUAGCUGAAGGCUCGAUCUAGGAAGGGAUCUAGCCUGUUCCUUUGUGUGGUAAAGUGACUCUCACAGACUAACCCUGACCAUAUAUUUGGAUGGUGGGGACCUAGCAUGAGCUCCGUUGAGUCUUCUUCAGGGGAGAGGCUGCAGGUUCACUCAUCUUCUCACCGUCAGCGACAUGUCCUUUCCUUCUGAGGCUUCAAAAAGGGUGUCUGCCUCCCUGCUACCUCCCCUUUACUUACUCUG